AGUAGUACUACACACUAGUCAGCUGGUGCCUUUCAUUCACUCUCUCGCUGCACACAAGGCUGAGACGGGGGAAGACGUUACACCUGCUGGAUCUCUCACCAUGGAUGCAUUAAAAUCAGCAGGGAGAGCCAUCAUCAAGAGCCCCGGAGUACCCCGGCACACAUGGGGCACAUCGAAGCAUGAGAAGCUGCCAGAGAAUUGGACAGACACAAAAGAGACACUGAUGGAGGGGAUGGUGUUUAGUGUCAAAUACCUGGGAAUGACCCUGGUGGAGCAGCCCAAAGGAGAGGAGAUGGCAUCGGCUGCCAUCAGGAGGAUAGUUUCCACGGCUAGAGCCAGCGCAAAGAAGUUUCAGAAUGUUACCCUCAAAGUUUCACCGAAGGGAAUAACCCUAACUGACACAGAAACAAAUGAACUUACUGAAAACGUCUCUAUAUACAGAAUUUCGUAUUGCACUACAGACAAAGCUCAGGACAAGGUGUUUGCCUAUGUUGCCCAGAGUCAGUAUAAUGAGACAUUGGAAUGUCAUGCCUUUCUUUGUCCCAAAAAGAAGACUGCCCAGGCUGUUACACUGACUGUUGCUCAGGCCUUCAAAGUUGCACUGGAUCUCUGGGAGACAGCACAAGAAGACAAAAGCAAGAAAGUGCAAACAUGUUGUUCCUGCUCAGCAGUUGAAUCUAAUAGUGGAAUGAAAAGCCACUGUGUUUCAGAAUGGAAACCCCAGAACUUGACAUUUGCACUACACAGGAUUCCACUAUGCAAGCAGCUGCUCAACAAGAAGGCCUCUGUCUAUGCAGAAAAAACUAAUGGUCAAAGCAAAGAAGAAAAAAUAAGAAAACCCUUUUUCUCCUCCUCCUCCUCAAUCCACCAGUCCACAUCACGACACAACACUCCAAUCCGGUGGUCACCUGUCAAACAAGAUUCAUGGGAUGUGGAUGAUGGACUCGACGAUGCUUUUUCCAGCAAUGUGGAUGGUACCAGCACAGCCACAGCCUUGCGGAGUUCCGGACCAGAAGGCAGUGCUCGGACGCCAUGUAACUCUGGAAAACCUUCAUUGGACUGACAGGGGCAGAAUCAGUAGCAAUUACCAGGCACAGUCUCAGAAGGAUUAAAAAGAAACAUGAAAACUAAGGUUUACUUCAACUGAACUAGGAAACCCAAUUGGAUAGUUGAAUGGGGUAAAUACAAGAUGAAAUAACUUACUGCAGACACACUGAUGACACUUAUAAGUAUCUUUUUUUCCACAUUCAGAUUGAGUGUUGGCUGUACUCUUGAACAAUGCAGGAUGUGUCGACAAGGUGUUCAUGUAUGCAUAGUAUAGUGAAGGUGCAUGAGGGUCACCAGCUGUGUUCCAUGACCCUAACCCUAACCCACACAUCACCUAGCCUGUGGAUUAGCAUUUCAGCCCCACCCUUCAGAACAAGACAUGCAUUUUCAUAAUGAAUUUGAUAGAAUUAUUUUCUGUCUCCGUAUAAUAGAAUGAUACAUGAAACCAUUAGCGCAACUACUUGAGAACUAAUAUAAGUUAUCCAGAUCUUGCUCUAGCCAGAUAGUGUACUGCCCAGGGGGGUUUGACACACCCGCACACAUGCAUGGAACAGAACAGCCAACUUGAAAGACUGAUAACUCAAGGUGGCAAUUACUUGCACUGAUGGCUUUAAUUCAAGUAGUUGUAGCUAACAAAAUCAUUACCUUGCACAUCCAUUCCCUGAAUAAACCUCACAUGUUCAGUUUUUUUUUUGGUGGGUCCCUAAGUGGCUCACCUGGUAAAAAUGCAGCUGCGUGGUGUGCAGUGUGAAUCAUACAGUGCAGGUUUGGAUAUUCCAAAUUGGGGAGAAAAUCAAGGGUAAAUUAACUGGGCACACUAAAUCAAAAUAAAACAAUUAUUAAUAAAAAAAAAAAAUUGAUUCACAUAUUUUGCAGCCAAAUGAAACAGCAGCAGACAAACUUUAUUUUACUUAGUAUAGUGCCAGAUAGGGUUUUUUAGAAUAUGGUUGCUGUAGCAUGUUUUCUCUCAGAACUCCACAUUUGAACAACAUGAAACAUUCAUUCUUUUUUUUUUUUUUUAACAACAGCCACUUUUAUGUUUAGUUGGGUCUAUGUUUAUGUUUAACACUAAAAUGUUUUUAGCUAUUUUGUGUGUGAAUUGAUCCUCGUGUGCACACACAGUAUAUCAUUGCCCAUGAUUCCUUUGUAUGCGCAAAUGAUUUUUUGUUCGAUCCAUCGCAUCACAAGGCAUUAGCUGACCGUUUUCAAGGUAUCAAAAUUCUUGUCUUUAGUGAUUAUUUUACAUUGCUUUGAAAAGGUUUCUUGUUAUUACUUCAUGGCUGUCUGUUAGAUUAGAUUUUCUAUUAUAGAAUUCUAUAGGUGAGGUCUUAAUCCAUCCUUGUUCUAAGGCUGUCAAUAGAAAUAUUGAACUUUUUUGUCUCGUCAGUCUGUAGUCACAGUGCUCCCAGCAUUGUGCACAGUGUUUAGGCUGGCAAACUUUCAAGGAAGUAACAUUACUCUGUGAUGAAUACAGAAUUAAAAAUGCCUGAAGACCAGCUCAGUAUGUCAUACCCCUAGAAAAGAAGACAAAUAUCCUACUGAUGUACCCCCUCUGGAAAGAUCUGCAUCUAUACAAGGAAGCUGAAAGGAGCAGAUAUUUUACUUGUGGAGAUAAAAAAAAAAACUAAACAAAGCCAUUAAUAAUGCAUGUGGUUGUUUAAGUGUAUAUAUUUUUAAUUUUAAUGACUGUGCUUCAAUCUACUGUCAACAUGGCUAUGGUAAUGCUUUGCUCCAGGUAAUCAACCAGUAUUUGUAAAGGGUUUCAUUUUAUUACAGAUUUGUGAUUUUAGUACAUAGUAUUAUAAUAGUGUAAUAGUGAAGUAAAAAUAUGUAAUUUUAAGAAAAACACAUUACCUUUACCAUUACAUUAGUUUGUAAAUACAAUAUAAAAUAACUGCAAAUAUUUGAAUUGAAAGAGGAAAUAAAAGGGGUGUUUGGAUUUAAUGAGAAUUAUAAAAGGUUAUCUUUAUUCCGAAAGUGUUUGUUUAAAACUGCCAGAAAAAGCCACAGCUUUUUUUUUUUUUUUUUUUUUUUUUAAACAACCUAGAUUUUAUCAUCCACCUAUACAUGGUAAUCUAGUGCUAUAAAAUGCUCCUAUAGUUUACCAUGGUAAAUGUGCAUGAUAACUGGGCUGCCAUCCAUACUACAGUAUUAAGAAAUUGGAUGGGCAAUGAGCAAUGGUCUCAUGUCACAGGAAAUAGUUUACAUUGCAAAAUUAAAUCCAUUAAAAUCCUGAAUACAUCAAAUGUUUCCAUUGUAAAUCCAUUUAAAUGGCUGAAGUAGACAAAAAAAAUCACAUUUGAAUGGGUCUUAAAAAGCCAAACAUGUAGCGUCACCAGACCAGCGAGAACACAGUAAUAUUAUAUUAUUAAAUAUAAUGAAAGCUAGUAAAUGACUUGCCAUUGCCUCGUUAGUAUCAUCUUGUCUCCGCUCCACCUUAUAGGGUAGGGUGCCGCGGCGUGCUGCUGAAUAUUGCAAUUAUAGAGUAAUAAUCCAUAGAAUCACACAGGUCUCUUUCAAAUAAUGGGAGAGACUGAAUGUUCAGUAAAUCAAUUUUUAAGUGGAGACCUGCUUCCAGAGAUUUUAUGGCACCGCUCGCACCGUCCAGUUCAGCUAAACCGCCGCUCGACCCACUUGCAAACAGGGAGUUGGUAGUAAGAGACGGGGAGGGCGCACGGGCCUCCACAAGUGUCUCUUUUGUUACGCAAGCCUUGCAUUUAAACAAGAUGAAUAUAUUUUAAAAACAGAAAAAUUAAGUCACUAAAAAUCAG